UUUACAUUAUAAUUAUUAUUUUUAAAUAAUACCAAAUAGUCAUGAAACCCAUUGAAAGUGUUAAAGGAGGAAAAGAUGGUACUAAGCGAACAAGUGAAAUCAUUCGACCAUCCUUAUCCAGACCAUCUCGAAGAACAUCGAUGAAAAGCCGUUUGACGAUGAAUAAAUCAUACUUGAUCAAUGUAGAAGAUUUUGCAGACACCAUGGUCACAAUUCCUCCUGAUGGUGGCUGGGGUUGGGUCGUGGUGCUAGUCAGUUUUAUAAGCAUGUUUUUUAUUGAUGGCAUUGCAUACUGUCUUGCUCCAUUUUUCCUAGAGUUAUCCAAGGACUUUAAGUGCGAAAUCACUGAAAUUGCUGUUGUAGGAGCUUUAAUAGGAGGAUUUUAUUAUUUGUCUGGUCCACUUUCAUGUGCUGCAAUAAACAGAUAUGGAUUUCGGCCGAUAGCUGUUAUAGGAGGAAUGUUAGCUAGUAUAACGUUUAUCGCGGCAUCUUUUCUAACUUCAAAAAUGCCUUUUUUAAUACUUGUGGGGGUGUUAGGAGGAACCUCAUUUAAUCUGAUGUAUUCUCCAACAGUGGUUGCUACUGGGUUUUAUUUUGAGCGAUGGAGGGCAUUGGCUAUGGCUAUUUCCUGUUGUGGAUCAUCUUUAGGAGUUAUGAGCUUGCCGAUGUUUUGGGAACUGGUGGCAAAAGGGUAUAGGUGGCAAACCAAAUUUAAGUACAUAGGAGGAAUUUUCUUCUUAUGUGGCCUUAUGGGUUUGGCUUUCAAGCCAAUAAAAGCGAAAAAAAUUGAAAAGGUUGUGCAGUUCGGAGAGGUGUCUAGAAUGCCUUCAAGUAAUACUAUGGACGAAAUUGAGCUGCCAGGCGGUAUAUUAGGAGCACUAUAUCGUUUUAAAAACAUAUUUUUUCCAACUAUAUCGGAAGUGAGCAUGCUGAGUGGCAGCGGUGGUGGGACACCCGUUGCAAAUAGAUCGGCAGUGACAAGUAGAACAAGCAGUUAUACAUAUUUUUUAAAUAGAGAUUUGGCUGACGAUGAGCAGUCAGCACAAGUUUAUCUUGACAGUUCGAGCGGGUAUGCAACGAGACAAAGUUCUAUGCGAGCUAGUAAAGAAGGGAGCCAACGAAAAAUUAAGUGUUGCAGUAGUAUUAAAAAGAGAUCGUUGGCCACAAUAAACCGACCGCUCUAUAGAGAUGAUAUAUUUUAUCAGGGCUCUAUUUCCAAACUCUCAAAUAUAACAGCGCCAAGCUCAGUGCGACCGAGCAGGUUGGGAAGCUUCGCGUCUGUACCGGGGAGGACCAGAGAAUCAAUUGCAUACACCCUUUCAGUCUCCAGAGCAGCAACCCAACGGGAUUUGAAUGAAACAUACAAAUGCAUUUGCUGUCCAGAAGCGUCUCUAAGGGUGUUAGUGACAAUGUUGCAUUUAGAGAUGCUUAAAUCUCCAACUUUUGUAAUGAUAUGUACCAGCGGAUAUUUUUCUUUGAUGAUUACAUAUAUUACAUUCACGUAUAUAACAUUGUUUGCUGAACAACAAGGAAUUGAACCUGAGUAUGGAAUAAUGUUACUUUCUGUAAUAGGGAUUUCAAAUGCUGUAGGGAGAGCUGUUUGUGGGAUUGUAUCUUGCUUCCCAAUUUUAGAUACUAAUACAGUUUGCUGGACCACUAUCUUUGCCAGUGGAGUCUGUGUAAUUCUUUCUGUGUUUUUUAACACCUGGUUGCAACUAGUGAUUCUCUACGGUUUAUUUGGAUUUCUGUUAGCUUCUUUUGCAGUCCUUAGAACACUACAAUUUGUGGAAAUGUUCGGAUUGGAAAACCUGACGAACUGUUUCGGUCUGAACAUGUUGUUCAUGUCAGCUGCCGCAUUUUCGGGUACUCCUAUAGCCAAUAUAAUUUUAACAUAUACGAAUAAUGAUUUUGUACCGGUUUUUAUAUUUGUUGGGGUGUGUACUUCGGUAAGUGGUUUAAUGUUAAUCCCAAUCAAAAUGGUUUUAAGGUGGGAAACGAGGAAAAAGGAAAAGAGAGCUCCGAAUGUUUAGCAUGUAAUAAGAUUUAAAUGUUUCUAGGAUAAUAAUGUAAAUAUUAAGAGUAAAUGAUUUUAUUAUGUAA